CUCAAUUAUAAAGCAGGACCUCGAAACGCGGUACCUGUCCUUUCUCGUAGGCUCUCAGCAUCCAGCUCCACAGAUCACUGCACACGUAGCUAGAGAGGGUGAGCGAGGGACAACUUGCUGCUGGGAUGACGAUGGAGCAGAACACGGCGACGAAACCCAUCAGAUGCAAAGCGGCGGUGAGCAAGGUGGCCGGUCAGCCGCUGGAGAUGGAGGAGGUGGAGGUGGCGCCGCCGAGGGCGCACGAGGUCCGCAUCAGAAUACUCUGCACCUCGCUCUGCCACACCGACGUCACCUUCUGGCGCUUGAAGGAUUUCCCGGGCCAGCAUCCCAUAAUCCUGGGCCAUGAAGCAGCCGGCGUGGUGGAGAGCGUGGGGGAGCACGUGCACGAGGUGGCCGUCGGGGACACAGUGGUGCCGGUAUUCUCGGCGCAGUGCGGCGACUGCCCAGACUGCCUCUCGGACCGCAGCAACAUCUGCUCCGGGCUCCCCGCCGGGCCCGGCAUGCCGCGGGACGGCACGACCCGCUUCUCGAUCGCCGCCACCGGCGAGCCCAUCCACAACUUCAUCAGCGUGUCCAGCUUCACCGAGUACACGGUCGUUGACGUCUCGCACGUCGUCAAGCUCGAGCCCGGCGUCCCGCCGGAGAAGGCCUGCCUGCUCAGCUGCGGCGUCUCCACCGGUGUUGGCGCGGCGUGGAAGGUGGCGGCGGUGGAGCCCGGAUCCAGCGUCGCCGUGUUCGGGCUAGGCGUCGUCGGGCUAGCGGUAGCACAAGGGUGCAGGAUGCGUGGGGCUAAGCGGAUUAUUGGAGUGGAUCUUAACACGGAGAAGUGGGACAUCGGUAAGAGGCUGGGAAUCACCGACUUCAUCAAUCCGAACGACAUUGGGGAGAAGGCCGUGAGCGAGGUCAUCACGGAGAUGACCGGCGGUGGCGCCGACUACUGCUUCGAGUGCAUCGGCUCGACGUCGGUCAUGGCGGAGGCGUUCCAAAGCUCCCGGAAGGGCUGGGGGAAGACGGUCGUGCUCGGCGUCUCCAGGGGCGGCGCGCCGAUCAGCAUUCCGCCGAACGACAUCCUCUGGGGGAGGUCGGUCGUCGGCUCGCUCUUCGGCGGGUUGAAGCCCAAGACCGACGUCCCUAUCCUGGCGCAGAAAUACAUGGACAAGAAGCUGGAGCUGGACGAGUUCGUGACGCACGAGAUGGGGUUCGACGACAUCAACGGGGCGUUCGAGCUGCUCACCCAGGGGAAGUGCCUCAGGUGCAUCAUCUGGAUGGAUGGGGCCAAGGAGACCGGUGUCGGCGUGGAAAAUGGAGGCGCCUGCAAGGCCAAGGCGUGAUUGACAUCGUUGUCCUCUCGUCACUAGCCACGAUAGUCACUGCUCGUCUGUGGGCGACUUCUUGUUGUCAUGGGCUUUCGCUAUAAUGUCUUUCUUCAUUUGGACGCGAGAGGGGAUAGUUUAUUUCAUGAAAAAAUGUAUUUUAAACCCUGAAUUGAUAGAGGUCUGGCGGAACGAACAUCAACUUAAAAUCCUGAUUGAUUGUAUCUUAAACUAUGCAAUUUCGGUCUUAAUCAAACCUUAGCAAAUUUUAA